CCGUGCUGACGCCACUUCCGCCCUCCCCCGGCGGAAGCGGCCACCCCGCGGCGCGCGGGGGCGGGGCCUCUUUGCGGCGCGCGCGGCGGCGAUGGCGGAGCCGCGGGUUCUGGUGAUCGACGGCCGCGGGCACCUCCUGGGGCGGCUGGCGGCCAUCGUGGCCAAGCAGGUGCUGCUGGGGCGCCGCGUGGUCGUCGUUCGCUGCGAGGGCAUCAACAUCUCCGGCAACUUCUACAGGAACAAACUGAAGUUCCUGGCCUUCCUGAGGAAGAGGAUGAACACCAACCCCUCGCGGGGUCCCUUCCACUUCCGAGCCCCCAGCCGAAUCUUCUGGCGCACGGUCCGAGGCAUGCUGCCCCACAAGACCAAGCGGGGCCAGGCGGCGCUGGAGCGGCUCAAGGUGUUCGAUGGGAUCCCCCCUCCCUACGACAAGCGGAAGCGCAUGGUGGUGCCGGCGGCGCUGAAAAUCAUCCGCCUGAAACCCACGCGCAAGUUUGCCGUGCUGGGCCGCCUGGCCCACGAGGUGGGCUGGAAGUACCGGGACGUCACCGAGGCCCUGGAGGAGAAGAGGAAGGAGAAGGCCAAGCUGCGCUACAGCAAGAAGAGGAAGAUGAUGAGCCUGCGGCGCCGCGCCGAGCGCAACGCGGAGAAGAAAACGGCGCCGUUCACGGCCGUGCUGCGCCAGCACGGGCUGCUCCUCUAACUAAUAAACCUAACUGGGACAAAC